AACAUUUCACAAGCAAACACUUUGCAUUCUUCUUCUUCUUCUUCUUUUUUAUUGGAGAACACCGUGCAUUCUCCGGCGUCUUUCUCAGCAUUCUGCUUCACAGAUCACCAUGAAAGUUCCUUCAUCUGAAACCCAAGGUUCGUUUCUUUUCUAGAGCAAAAGCACAAGGAUGCAAAAAGCUUGUAUUUUGAUUUGCCUGCUUUGGAUGUUUCUGUUGCAUUUCCCCAAGCAACUCCAGCUUCAAAGUUUCCUCCGUGCAGUAAGCUUCAUGCUUGGCUCUUUUAAAGAAGGAUACCAAAAUUGAUUCUCCUGAUAUGUCUGUCACAUCAACAUCUGACUAUUAUCAGUUUGAUGAUCUACUCACUCCUGCUGAGCGAACUGUCAGAAUGAGAGUGAGAGAAUGCAUGGAAAGAGAUGUAGCACCUUUAAUGACAAAGUAUUGGGAAAAGGCUGAGUUUCCAUUUGAAGUGAUUCCAAAACUUGGUGCUUUAGGAAUUGUUGGUGGCACCAUCAAGGGGUAUGGCUGUCCCGGACUCUCUGUGACUGCAAGUGCCAUUGCUACGGCAGAAGUUGCUAGAGUUGAUGCCAGCUGCUCAACUUUCAUUCUGGUUCAUUCUUCAUUAGCUAUGCUAACCAUUGGACUUUGUGGGUCAGAGAUACAAAAGCAAAAGUAUUUACCAUCAUUGGCCAAGCUUGACACUAUUGGUUGUUGGGGUCUUACAGAACCAGAGUAUGGGAGUGAUGCAAGUUCAUUGAAAACAAUUGCAACAAAGGUUGAAGGAGGUUGGACCAUUGAAGGCCAAAAACGGUGGAUUGGAAACAGUACUUUUGCAGAUAUACUUGUAAUUUUUGCUAGAAAUACCAGUACAAACCAGAUAAAUGGAUUCAUAGUAAAGAAGAACGCACCAGGAUUGCAAGCUACAAAAAUGGAAAAUAAAAUUGGCCUGAGGAUAGUUCAGAAUGGAGAUAUUCUCUUUAACAAAGUUUUUGUACCAGAUGAGGACAGAUUACCUGGCGUUAAUUCUUUCCAGGAUACAAGUAAGGUUCUUGCUGUUUCACGUGUUAUGGUUGCCUGGCAACCUAUUGGCAUUUCAAUGGGUGUUUAUGAUGUUUGCCACAGGUACUUGAAAGAGAGGAAGCAGUUUGGUGCUCCUCUGGCAGCUUUCCAGAUCAACCAACAGAAACUGGUCCAGAUGCUGUCAAACAUUCAAGCAAUGCUUCUUGUUGGGUGGCGGCUUUGCAAGCUUUACGAGAGUGGUAAAAUGACUCCUGGCCAUGCAAGCAUGGGGAAAUCCUGGACUACACUGAAGGCAAGGGAGACUGUUUCGCUUGGCCGGGAAUUACUAGGAGGCAAUGGCAUCUUGACUGACUUUCUAGUAGCAAAGGCGUUUUGCGACUUGGAGCCAAUCUACACGUACGAAGGAAGCUACGACAUCAACACCCUAGUAACAGGCAGAGAAAUCACUGGUAUUGCAAGCUUUAAGCCAGCUGCUGCUGCUUUGAGUAAAAGGAGUCGCCUAUAAUCAUCUCUUCCAACUCUUCUUCAUUAAUAAUCAAUCCUAGUGUGUGGUUGGGUUGGUAGUCCCAUUGUGAACUCUGUUGAAUAAAGGAGGUAAAUCAUUUACAUUUGCACAAGCUGAAACAAUAAAGUGCAAAAUAACAAUUUUUUAUUUUAUUUUAUUUUAUUUUAUAUUUUUUGGAGUUGAUGAUAAUCAAAUCUGAGAUCUAAAGGAUAAGGAUCAUUGAGACGUGGGUUGCUUUGAACUUUGAAGGAUGUGAUCGUCGUGCACACGUCUCCAAAAUUUGUCGCAUCUACAUAAAUUCAUUUUUGUUAGUUUUUUCGGUUUUAA